AUGGACGCGACGCAACCGCAACCACAGGCUCAGCCUCAGCCCGAGGCUGGCUCGCUGAGCUGGCGGCUUAGUUCGCAUCCCAUCACACUGUUGACCUUUUUGGGGUUCAGGAUAUCGAGUGUCUUGAUCUACUUCCUUGGACUAUGGAUCAUCAAGAGCAUGAUCAUGAUCUUCAUCGUCACCAUUCUCCUGCUCGCCGCCGACUUCUACUACCUCAAGAACAUUGCCGGCCGUCGACUCGUCGGUCUCCGCUGGUGGAACGAGGUCGACCCCUCGACGGGCGAGUCGAAAUGGGUCUUUGAGAGCAGCGAUCCCGCGACCAAGACGGUCAACGCGACAGACUCGCGCUUCUUCUGGAUGGCGCUCUACGUGCAGCCCGUGCUGUGGGUGGCCAUGGCGAUCCUGGCCCUCGUGAGGCUGCAGUUUCUCUGGCUGCCUCUUGUCAUCAUUGCGUUGGUGUUGACGGUCAUGAACACUCUGGCAUUCUCGCGAUGCGACAAGUUCAGUCAGGCGUCGAACUUUGCGGGCAGCGCCUUUGGAAGCACCAACUUGGCGGGUAACAUUGCGAGCAACAUGGUCGGGCGCUUUUUCUCAAGGGGUUGA